CUCUCUCAGUUACUUCCCAGCCUGGCUUGAGAGCAGCAGCCGAUCAGGCGACAUCCUCCCUGCGUGCGGGUCGCUGUGCGGUGCGGUGCGGGAGGACGGAUCUGCGGGACUCUAAUUCUCCGCCUGCGUGCUCGGCUUUCUUUCUUUUCUGUCCUUCUUUCCUCACUUUGGGAGUUUUAUUUUCUUUCUUUUCGGACCUGUUUAGAAUGAGAACCUCCAUCCCAGCUCCUUUGGUUUCUCUCAUCCAAACAUCCGCUCAUUUUGUUCAUUUCGACCAUCCGACCUCAUUGUUCCAUUUUUGUGCUGCUGUCACCCACAGUUUGUCGCCCUCCACCUCCACCUCCAGCUCCAGCUGAACGCGGAAUACCUCAGCCUGCUGCUGUUGGAUGUUGGCUCUUUUCACGCAGAGGGAUUUCUAUUUUCUCUGAAGGAUGAUGGAUCUCUAACGCGCUGCGCCCUGAAUGAACCAACCGUGCGCUCUUCUUUUUUCCCUGUUUUUUUGGAGAUGCUCUGAUCGGAGCUUGUUGGGUCCGAAUGCGCUGGAUCGGGAUAUAAUCUGAAGAUCUUUUUGUUUUUCUGUUGUUGUUAUUUUGCUUUCUGCGUGGACACACACGGCUGUUCCCCCUCUGAGACGGAGUGUGCACCGCAUCCAUCCCGGAGGCGCGCGGGCUCACCAUGGGGGACUCGAUGUGGAGAUAUUAUUUUGGAGUUUUCUUCCUCGCCUUCGAACUGGACUUGUGUCGGCCGCUCAUUCUGGAGUCCAUCUACUGGAACACGACCAACACUAAAUUUGUUCCGGGCCAAGGCGUGGUUUUGUACCCGCAGAUCGGGGACAAGCUGGACAUUGUGUGCCCGCGCGUGGACGGCGGGGUGGUCGACGGCGUGGAGUAUUACAAGGUGUACAUGGUGCCCAGGGAGCAGCUGGAGAGCUGCACCAUCACCAAGGCCGACACGCCGCUGCUGAACUGCGUGAAGCCCGACCAGGACGUGAAGUUCACGCUCAAGUUCCAGGAGUUCAGCCCCAACCUGUGGGGCCUCGAGUUCUUCAAGGGGAAGGACUACUACAUCAUCUCUACAUCCAACGGCACCAUGGAGGGCAUCGACAACCAGGAAGGGGGCGUGUGCAAGACCAAGUCCAUGAAGAUAGUCAUGAAAGUGGGGCAGAAUCUGUCUGACCCCGUUUCACCCAAAGACAUUCCCACCAGAACGCCCUACAAGCCUGGGUCGCCGGGGGAUGACAGGGAGAACAACGAAGUCCAGCAGACACGAGAUAAAUCCAAAGCAGAAGACGGCGGCGGCUCCGGCGGCGGGAAAUCGUCCAGCGCCAUCGGCUCCGAGGUGGCCAUCUUUGUGGGCAUCGCCUCAGGCAGCGUCAUCUUCAUCAUCAUCAUCGUCAUGCUGGUCCUGCUGCUGCUCAAGUACCGGCGGCGGCACCGCAAGCACUCGCCGCAGCACACGGCCACGCUGUCGCUCAGCACGCUGGCCACGCCCAAACGCGGCGGCGGCGGCGGCAACAACAACGGCUCUGAGCCCAGCGACAUCAUCAUCCCGCUCAGGACUGCUGACAGCGUCUUCUGCCCGCACUACGAGAAGGUGAGCGGGGACUACGGACACCCCGUCUACAUCGUUCAGGAGAUGCCGCCGCAGAGCCCCGCCAACAUCUACUACAAGGUCUGAGGGCCGGGAAAACGAAAACGCAGAACCCGGACGAGCCCCCGGUCGGAGCGAAACGAACCGCCCCGCUCUUCCUCUCUGUUGACUCCUCCUCCUCCUCUCCUCUGAUGUUUCGUCACUAGUCGUUUCCUCUCUGAGUUUUUGCCCUUCGCUCCGGUUCGGUCACCGCCGGCGCAGACGAUGGGGACGAGUAGCGAAGCCGCCGCCGUCGCUCGCCGGGAAGCGGAACGGACAGCCUCUUCUUCGUUUUCGUCCACCGGGAUUAAGUGAGUGGGAUGGAUGGAUUUAUGGAUGUGAAAGUUUCUGAAAGUGUGAGGAAAAGACAGACUGCUGUUUUGGAAACAGAGACUUUAACGAUGGGAGAAAAAGCAGGAAGUGGGCGGAGCUUGAACUCAGCUGAGCGGAUUUACCAGCGGGAUGCAGAGAGAUUCCCACGCCGGACCUUCUGUGGGACUUUCACCCACUCACCUGUCCACCCACAUGACUACCAUCACACAAACACUCACCUGUGCACAGAAACAGACUCGCGGGUCAAAGUGACGUGUUGUCGAUCACAGCAUCUCUCCUCAUCCUCAGCUCGGUUUUAUUUUGCGUUUUACUUGAAGGUUUAGAGAAAAAAAAAGAUCGAGUCUCUUUGUUUAGUUCCACAUUUACUGGUUUUGUUCAUAUCUGUUUUUUAUACUUUUACGACGGCGUAUCAGGGCCACUAUGGGUAGAAAAAAAGGAGAAAAUUUCUGCCAAAAAAAAUCAAACAUUAAUGUCUGAAGUUUUCUAG